AUGGAGGUGCAGUUAGGGCUGGGGAGGGUCUACCCCCGGCCACCGUCCAAGACCUAUCGAGGAGCUUUCCAGAACCUGUUCCAGAGUGUGCGCGAAGUGAUCCAGAACCCGGGCCCCCGGCACCCUGAAGCCGCGAGCGCAGCACCUCCCGGCGCCCAUUUGCAGCAGCAACAGGAGACCAGUCCCAGGCAGCAGCAGCAGCAGGGUGAGGAUGGCUCACCUCAAACCCAGAGCAGAGGCCCCACAGGCUACCUGGCCCUGGAGGAGGAACAGCAGCCUUCACAACAGCCCUCAGCCCCCGAGGGCCACCCGGAGAGCGGUCGCGUCCCAGAGGCCAGAGCCGCCUUGGCCGCCGGCAAGGGGCUGCAGCAGCAGCCACCAGCACCUCCGGACGAGGAUGACUCAGCUGCCCCAUCCACGUUGUCCCUGCUGGGCCCCACUUUCCCAGGCUUAAGCAGCUGCUCCGCCGAUCUUAAAGACAUACUGAGCGAAGCCGGUACCAUGCAACUCCUUCAGCAGCAGCAGCAGGAGGUAGUAUCAGAAGGCAGCAGCAGCGGGAGAGCGAGGGAGGCAGCCGGGGCUCCCACCUGCUCCAAGGACAGUUACCUAGGCUGCAGUUCGACCAUCUCGGACAGUGCCAAAGAGUUGUGUAAGGCAGUGUCGGUGUCUAUGGGCUUGGGUGUGGAGGCAUUGGAGCAUCUGAGCCCUGGAGAACAGCUUCGGGGAGAUUGCAUGUACGCCCCGCUCCUGGGAGGUCCACCCGCUGUGCGUCCCACUUCUUGCGCCCCGCGGGCGGAAUGCAAAGGUUCUCUGCUGGAUAAUGGCCCAGGCAAGGGCACCGAAGAGACUGCUGAAUAUUCCCCUUUCAAGGCAGGUUACGCCAAAGGGCUGGAUGGCGAGAGCCUGGGCUGCUCUGGCAGCGGCGAAGCCGGGGGCUCCGGAACGCUUGAGCUGCCAUCCACUCUGUCUCUCUACAAACCUGGAGCAGUAGACGAGGCAGCAGUUUAUCAGAGUCGCGACUACUAUAACUUUCCGCUAGCCCUGCCCGGGCCGCCGCCCCCUGCGCCGCCUCCCCAUCCUCACGCCCGCAUCAAGCUGGAGAACCCGCUGGACUAUGGCAGCGCCUGGGCCGCGGCGGCGCAAUGCCGCUAUGGGGACUUGGCGGGCCUGCACGGCGGGGGUGCAGCGGGACCGGGCUCGGGCUCACCCUCAGCCGCUGCCUCCUCUUCCUGGCACACUCUCUUCACAGCGGAAGAAGGCCAGCUGUAUGGGCCCUGUAGCGGGGGCGGGGGUGGCAGCGCAGGCGAGGCAGGUACUGUAGCCCCCUAUGGCUACACUCGGCCACCUCAGGGGCUGGCUGGCCAGGAAGGCGACUUCCCCCCACCCGAUGUGUGGUAUCCCGGCGGCAUGGGGAGCAGAGUGCCCUAUCCAAGUCCCAGUUGUGUCAAAAGCGAGAUGGGUCCCUGGAUGGAGAGCUACUCCGGACCUUACGGGGACAUGCGUUUGGAGACUGCCAGGGAUCAUGUUCUGCCCAUUGACUAUUACUUUCCACCCCAGAAGACCUGCCUGAUCUGUGGGGACGAAGCUUCUGGCUGUCACUAUGGAGCUCUCACUUGUGGAAGCUGCAAAGUCUUCUUUAAAAGAGCCGCUGAAGGGAAACAGAAGUACCUAUGUGCCAGCAGAAAUGAUUGCACCAUCGAUAAAUUCCGAAGGAAAAAUUGUCCAUCUUGUCGCCUCCGGAAAUGCUAUGAAGCAGGGAUGACUCUGGGAGCCCGGAAGUUAAAGAAACUUGGUAAUCUGAAACUACAGGAGGAAGGGGAGGCUUCCAGCGCCACCAGCCCCACUGAGGAGCCAACCCAGAAGCUGACGGUGUCACACAUUGAAGGCUAUGAGUGUCAGCCCAUCUUUCUGAAUGUCCUGGAAGCCAUUGAGCCUGGCGUGGUGUGUGCUGGACAUGACAACAAUCAGCCGGACUCCUUUGCAGCCUUGCUCUCUAGCCUCAAUGAAUUGGGUGAAAGACAGCUUGUACAUGUGGUCAAGUGGGCCAAGGCCUUGCCUGGCUUCCGCAACUUGCACGUGGACGACCAGAUGGCAGUCAUUCAGUACUCCUGGAUGGGGCUUAUGGUGUUUGCCAUGGGCUGGCGGUCCUUCACCAAUGUCAACUCCAGGAUGCUCUACUUCGCCCCUGACCUGGUUUUCAAUGAGUACCGCAUGCACAAGUCCCGGAUGUACAGCCAAUGUGUCCGAAUGAGGCAUCUCUCUCAAGAAUUUGGAUGGCUCCAAAUCACCCCCCAAGAAUUCCUGUGCAUGAAGGCACUGCUGCUCUUCAGCAUUAUUCCAGUGGAUGGGCUGAAAAAUCAAAAAUUCUUUGAUGAACUUCGAAUGAACUACAUCAAGGAACUUGAUCGUAUCAUUGCGUGCAAGAGAAAAAAUCCCACAUCCUGCUCAAGGCGCUUCUACCAACUCACCAAGCUCCUGGACUCUGUGCAGCCUAUUGCACGAGAGCUGCAUCAGUUCACUUUUGACCUGCUAAUCAAGUCCCACAUGGUGAGCGUGGACUUUCCAGAAAUGAUGGCAGAGAUCAUCUCUGUGCAAGUGCCCAAGAUCCUUUCUGGAAAAGUCAAGCCCAUCUAUUUCCACACGCAGUGAAGCUUUGGAAACCCCCAUUUCCUCACCUCACCCUACUCCCCUUUUCAGAUAUCUUCUGCCUGUUAUAACUCUGCACUACUUCUCUGCAGUGCCUUGGGGAAUUUCCUCUAUUGAUGUACAGUCUGUCAUGAAGAUGUUCCUGAGUUC